AUGGCGAAGGCCGGGGACGAGGGCGGCGGCAGCGGGAAGAAAAGCUUGAAACGAAAAGCUGCUACCGAAGAACCUCAGGAAGCGACAGCCGCUGGGGAUGGGGCGACGGAAGGCAGGGUCCAGCCCCCGAAAGGGACUGCUUUCCCCCCAGGCUUCAGCAUUUCAGAGAUUAAGAACAAACAGCGACGACACUUAAUGUUCACGCAGUGGAAACAGCAGCAGCGGAAGGAAAAGUUGGCAGCUAAAAAAAAACUUAAAAAAGAAAGAGAGGCUCUUGGUGACAAGGCUCCGCCAAAGCCUGUACCCAAGACCAUCGACAACCAGCGAGUGCCUGAUGAAACCAUAGUAGAUCCUAACGAUGAAGAGGUCGCUUAUGAUGAAGCUACAGAUGAAUUUGCUUCUUACUUCAACAGACAGACUUCUCCCAAGACUCUCAUCACAACAUCAGAUAGACCUCAUGGGAGAACAGUAAGACUCUGUGAACAGCUGUCUACAGUUAUACCAAACUCACAUGUUUAUUACAGAGGAGGACUGGCUCUGAAAAAAAUUAUUCCCCAGUGCAUCUCGAGAGAUUUCACAGAUCUGAUCGUUAUUAACGAAGAUCGUAAAACAGCAAAUGGACUUAUUUUGAGUCACUUGCCAAAUGGUCCAACUGCUCAUUUUAAAAUGAGCAGUGUUCGUCUUCGUAAAGAAAUGAAGAGAAGAGGCAAGGACCCCACAGAGCACAAACCCGAAAUAAUACUGAAUAAUUUUACAACACGGCUAGGUCAUUCAAUUGGAGGAAUGUUUGCAUCUCUCUUCCCCCAUGAUCCUCAGUUUAUUGGCAGGCAGGUUGCCACAUUCCACAAUCAGCGGGAUUAUAUUUUCUUCAGAUUUCACAGAUACAUAUUCAAGAGUGAAAAGAAAGUAGGAAUUCAGGAACUUGGACCACGGUUUACCUUAAAAUUAAGAUCUCUUCAGAAAGGAACCUUUGAUUCUAAAUACGGGGAGUAUGAAUGGGUCCAUAAGCCCCAGAAAAUGGACACAAGUAGAAGAAAAUUCCAUUUAUAAAGUACUAAGGGAAUAAUA